CUGUAAGUACUGGUCUAUGCGGACUGUACUUAUCCACUUGCCACUUGCGGUUCGUCUCUGUUUACUACACCGUACCAUACCGCACGAAUCGAUUGUCCGUCCUUGAUACACAACACCACACCACGACAUCCAUUACUCAUCCCACCACACACGUGUUGUCUACCGGCAACAGCGAGCGCUAUCCCUGCAUCAGCCAGGUGAUCAACGAUGAUCAGAUUCCCGUGUUUGAUAACCUAUACCUGGAUAUGAACGGAAUCAUCCACAACUGUUCCCAUGGCAAUUCUACCGAUCCGAAUUUUCAG